CUUCAUUUGUCUCUACUGCAGGUUUUUGUGAUUAAAAUGUUCCGAAGGAUCAUCGGCCUGCUGCUGCUUCUCAUGGCUGCUUGUUCAGCUCAGAGCACAGGGUCUGUAGCCACCAGCUGUGAGGCCUGUCACAGUCUGGCUCGCUGCCAUGACAACAGCGUGGAGACGGUGGGCGUGUCCUGUCGCUGUGACGACGGUUUGGUUGGAGACGGCUUCACCUGCUACAACACCACCACCUGCAACACCGACUGCUGUGGCCACGGCUUCCGCUGGUCGCCGCUGCAGGGCUGCGUGGACAUCGAUGAGUGUUCGAUGCCCGGUCCUCCCUGCGGUCCCGGACAGCUCUGCCAAAACACCCGAGGCUCCUUUUCCUGUCUGGUGACCCCCAAUCAACUCCACACCGAAACCGCGUCCCGCUCGGUGACGUUUGCCUGCGGGGGCGCUGAGUGCCCUUUUGGUGAAAGCUGCCUCCAGGUGAACGGCACGUCCCGGUGCAUCGACCCGUGUCAGCACUACAGCGUGUUACAAGACGCCUGGCGGGCCACCGACGCCAGGGCGGACCCACAGUCCGUGGCCUGCGACAGCCGCACCGAUUGGCAGGGCUGGUACCGCCUCUACCUCGGCAACAGCAGUGUGCAGAUGCCAGAGAGGUGCAUUGAGAGCCACAUGUGUGGGACCGAUGCUCCGCUAUGGCUGCGAUCCCCCCACCCGCUGGAGUCUGAGGGCAUCGUACGGGCGGAGGUCUGCGGCAGCUGGGAGGCAGGCUGCUGCCAGUUCCACUCCAACGUCAUCCACGUGAAAGCUUGCCCACGAAACUACUACGUCUACAAGUUUGUAAGCCCGAACCUGUGUCGGCUGGCUUACUGUGCAGAUGUCAACACCAUGGUGUGUAGCACCUGCGCUGAAGGUGAGACCUGUCUGAGCGACGACAAGAUCACCUGGAGGUGUGGGCAGCCGGGGAACAUGUAUCCAGGGUUCAGUGUAGCUCCGACAGCGGGGCUGCGGUUGGUGAAUGGGGACACCCCAUGCUCCGGGAGGGUGGAGAUCCUCCACGACAACCAGUGGGGGACGGUGUGCGAUGACGGCUGGGACAUCAACGACGCCAAGGUGGUCUGCAGACAGCUGAGAUGUGGUCCCGUCCAGGCGGCAGCUAGUUCUGCCCACUUUGGGCAAGGCACCGGGCCGAUCUGGUUGGAUGAUGUUGCCUGCACGGGCAGCGAGUCUUCGCUGUCAGAGUGUGGACAUCCGGGGUUUGGAACUCACAACUGCAACCACGGUGAAGACGCUGGAGUCAUCUGUUCUGAUGACCUUGGUGGUUUUCCAGAGCCGGAGCUGGACUGUGGACAGGACCUCCUGCGUCUGACAGUCCAGAAGAGACUGCUGGAGGAACGAGGGCUGAACGCCUCCUCUGCUCACCUGAUCGACCCGCGCUGCCACCAGCAGGUGGACCAGCAGGAGGCCAUGUGCUACCUGGUGCAGCGACAGAAGGGUCUCUGUGGAAACGUGGUGGAGACAAACGGCUCCCACAUUACUUACUCCAACAUUUUGUUCGUGUACCCGUCUGAUUGGUCUGACGACUCGCUCUCCGUCCCGAUGAGUAUCCCGUUCUCCUGCGUCUUCCCGCUCGAUGACAUCACCAGCCUGGACGCCGCCAUUCGAUACCAGCGGCCUCGUCGAGUCGGCGUGGUGCGUUCAGGCGCCCCCACCAGGGCGCAGAUGACCCUGUACAAGAGGCCGGACUACAGCGAGCCGUUCCCCGGGGGCCCGGUCCGCCUGCCGCUCGGCGCCGCCCUGCACGUCGGCGUCUCCGUGGAAAACGACGACAACAACCGCUUCGUGCUCGUGCUGGAAAACUGCUACGUCACAAAGUCGCCCCGCGCCGACGACCCCGCCAGACACGUCCUGAUCCAGAACAGGUGACCAGGUCCAU